AUGCGUCUGACUGUUUUGUACUGCCUGAUGUGGAGUUUCUGGACUUCUGCUGGCCAUUUUCCUCGAGCCUGUACCUCCUCCAAGAACCUGAUGGAGAAGGAAUGCUGCCCUCCAUGGAAUGGUGACGGGAGUCCCUGUGGCCAGCUCUCAGGCAGAGGCUCCUGUCAGGACAUCCUUCUGUCUAACGCCCCCCUUGGGCCUCAAUUCCCCUUCACAGGGGUGGAUGAACGGGAGUCUUGGCCUUCUGUCUUUUACAAUAGAACCUGCCAGUGCUCUGGCAACUUCAUGGGAUUCAACUGUGGAAACUGCAAGUUUGGCUUUCGGGGACCGAACUGCACAGAAAGGCGACUCUUGGUGAGGAAAAACAUCUUCGAUCUGAGUGUCUCAGAAAAGGACAAAUUCCUUGCCUACCUCACUUUGGCAAAGCAUACUACGAGCCCAGACUAUGUCAUCCCUGUAGGCACCUAUGGCCAAAUGAAUAAUGGGACAACUCCCAUGUUUAGUGACAUCAAUAUUUAUGACCUCUUUGUCUGGAUGCAUUAUUAUGUUUCCAGAGACACACUGCUUGGGGGAUCUGAAGUCUGGAGAGACAUUGAUUUUGCCCAUGAAGCACCCGGUUUCCUGCCUUGGCACAGACUCUUCUUGUUGCUGUGGGAACAAGAAAUCCAGAAGCUGACAGGGGAUGAGAACUUCACUAUCCCAUACUGGGACUGGAGGGAUGCAGAAAGCUGUGACGUUUGUACAGAUGAGUAUAUGGGAGGUCGUCACCCAGAAAACCCUAACCUACUCAGCCCAGCAUCCUUCUUCUCCUCUUGGCAGAUUAUCUGUAGCCGGUUGGAGGAGUACAAUAGCCGUCAGACCUUAUGUAAUGCAACCUCCGAGGGACCUUUGCUGCGCAAUCCUGGAAACCAUGACAAAGCCAGGACUCCGAGGCUCCCCUCCUCAUCGGAUGUGGAAUUUUGCCUGAGUCUGACCCAGUAUGAAUCUGGUUCCAUGGACAAAGCUGCCAAUUUCAGCUUUAGAAAUACACUGGAAGGAUUUGCUAAUCCACUUACUGGGAUAGCAGAUGCCACUCAAAGCAGCAUGCAUAAUGCUUUGCAUAUGUAUAUGAAUGGAACGAUGUCCCAGGUACAGGGAUCUGCCAAUGAUCCCAUUUUUCUUCUUCACCAUGCGUUUGUUGACAGUAUUUUUGAGCAGUGGCUCCGAAGGCACCGUCCACUUCAAGAAGUUUACCCAGCAGCCAAUGCACCCAUUGGGCACAACCGGGAAUCCUACAUGGUUCCUUUUAUUCCUCUCUACAGAAAUGGUGAUUUUUUUAUUUCCUCCAGAGAUCUGGGCUAUGACUACAGCUAUUUGCAAGACUCAGACCCAGACUUUUUUCAAGGCUAUAUUAAGCCCUUGUUGGAACAAGCCAGUCGGAUCUGGCCAUGGCUCAUUGGAGCAGCUGUAGUAGGGGCUGUCCUUACUGCAGCGCUGGCAACACUCAUCGGCCUGUUGUGUCGUCACAAGAGAAAGCAGCUUCCAGAAGAAAAGCAGCCACUCCUCAUGGAAAAGGAGGAUUAUCACAGUUUGUUGUAUCAGAGCCAUCUAUAA